AUCAACUUUAUUUUAUUCACAAUGAUUUAUAAAAAAUAUAUAUACAAAGAAACUGCUAUUUAUAUGAAUAAUAAUAAUAACCAUCAUCACGUAGACUAUAUAUUAGACGCUGUAUAGCCAUCAUACUAAGACUAUACAUAAAUAAUAAAAAUCUUACGUUACGGACGUUUUUUCCCGGUUAUGGUACCCCUCCGCGUCGUCCCAUAAGGAACUUCGUUCCAAAACUUUCUAUUCACUGUAUUUUCAUUGAGCCGUAAACGAGUUGAAUUCAAAAGACAAUUUUACCCGAUGCAGAUGAGCAACCAUUAAAAUGGAACUGCUUGCCAGGUCGACGCACCGUUAGCGAAUUGCCGAAACUAAGCACCUGCUUGUGUAUUCACAUCCCGUUGUGUGUGUACGGCUAUAGAAACUUCAUAAGGUUCGUUCCAAAUAGCCAUUUCACCGGUGCUAGGGCGCUUUGUGGCCCUAAAUAGCUUCCUACAUCUGCUAAUUAAAUUAACAAUGUUAAACAAUAUAACUGCCACUCUAGAAGAUCCUUCAACAGUGUGUCACUAAUGAAACUAGUGGUCCCGCAGUAGUCGAAAUUCGAUUAUAAUUAAUUGGAAUUCUAUGUUUGUACACUAUUAUGAUUGUAUUUUAUACUUCUAUAACCACAAAUUUCGCCAAGACUACACUACACUAUAAAAAUAUUAACAAAGACAAGCAAUAUUUAAUCUAUACUCAAUUUGACAACAGACGUCAAGAACAAAAGUUUGACAAUAAAUAGUAUGCAUGCGUGUGUGCGUCAAAUACAUGGUGAAGUGCUUCCACUAAAUAUUCUCUUCUCGCGUCAAGUGACCCUCGAGUCUUCACACCUGGACGUAGUGGAAUUCAUGAAAGCCUCACGCCGAACGUAUAAGCUUACCAAAGCUCAUCUUAAAAUCAGGCCCAUGAAACUUAAAAGCCUGGUUCUCUACAUCCCAGGGUGGUGGAACACGCCUAAUGAUGAGUCUUCUGUGGCUAUAGUGAACUCUUUACUACAGAGGAAUACUGUAGUAUUUCUAUUAGACACAUGCCUCUCUUUCUGCAGAGGAUACGUCGACUCAGCGUCACGAAUCACAGCCAUAUCGAACUCUUUGUUCUCCUUCAUGGAGAAGUUACACCAAGAUGGAUUUCCUAUGGCUUCAGUUCAUAUUGUCGGCUUCAGUUUAGGUGCUCACGUGGCAGGCGCUGCUGGCAGAUUGGUUCACUCCAAACUGUACAGUAAAUUCGGUAAGAUCACAGCUUUGGACCCCGCACGGCCAUGCUUCGCGAGAACCGACAAUAAACUUGAGAAAAAUGAUGCGUUAUUCGUGCAAGUAAUUCACGCCAGCACCGGGGUCCUGGGAGUCGAAGAGGCGACCGGCCAUGUAGAUGUCUACAUCAACGGUCUGUCCGGGAAGCAGCCGGAAUGUAGAAACAUGAGUAUCACCUUCGAAUGCGAUCACGCUCAAGCCUGGAAAUUAUAUUCUGCGUCUGUUGUGAACGAAAAUUCACUUACAGGCAGAAGAUGUGAGAGCUGGCGGGAGUUAGAAAGAGAAAAUUGCACUGGAGAUGAGACUGUUCUUGGCUAUGGCUGUCGAUCGGAUGUCAAAGGAGUUUUCUUGUACAAGUCGAAGGAAAGUAAAAAAAGGCAAGCGGUUAAAUUGAAAGUGUUCAAUCCUUUAGAUUUUAGAACAUGGUUUUCGAGAUAGUGUUUUAAAUGUUUCGGUGUGACACCUCCUUUGGGAUCUGCAAAAUUGUAAAGUAGGUACAAGAAUUGGUAGUUAUUAAGUGGGAAGAUGAUUUAGUUUUCAUUGUAUUUAUAGCUCUUGGCUGUGAUUUGCGAUUUCAAUUUAAAUAUUAAAGGACUUUUUAAUUUUG